AUGGAUCCCCUAUCACCAUCGGAAAGCUCUGUGAGUUUUCCGUCUCUGUCCAGUCGACCGGCAACUCCAAUUAAGCGGAAACGCUUCGAUGAUAGAGCUCAAACGGCCAUUUCACUUCAACUCAGAGCGCAUGCUUCACUCAACCAUGACUUUCCUCAUCCGUCAACAUACCACGACACCUCCAGAGUUCUGAAUAUGGUUCGCUGGUCCGAGAUCAAAAAUGUCUCUAAAGUUGUCAAUCUGGACGAGUUUGCCUCGACGUUUGGUGUGGCUCUGUACAUCGACCUCUCUCCUAUGUACAUCGCCGUGGCCACUACCUUGGGCGCCAUCAUUGGCUUCAAUUAUCACCAAGAUGUGCAAUUUAUGUUACUAUUACACCAGCAGGAGGAUCUGGCUUUCAAGCCGGAUGUAGCGAUCACCUCCAUGUCAUUUUCGGCCUCAUCAACCCAUUUGAGUGCCGGAUAUAUGGAUGGAAAAAUCGCUGUGUGGGACUUGAAUGCUCAAAAGGCAAAGCUGGGUGGCUAUUUGGUCAUAUAUCCAUACGAAGUCAUUCAUUCAAUAACGCUAGAGUCUAGGUUUGCUCGCAAUGGUCAGGGUCACUUAACUGGAGUGCCAGUCAAUAGUGUGCAAUUUGUAGGCGAUCUGAACCAUCACUUGGUGUCGUCAGAUGUAUCUGGAUUGGUAUUCUUCCACCAUGGCUUCAAAAAGUUUCUUCAGAAGUACUAUGUAUCGCAGAAAUUGUUGGGCCAGAACGAUAGCAAUCAAACCGACCAGAGUGAAAGGUUCACCAUCAAAGAUUGCAAGAUUCUUCCUGUGGGGACGUCUUCUCUGAUAACAGAUCAUAUCGGUGUUGUGGCUGUAAUGUCUAGCAACAUAUUGGCGAUUGUGUCUAUUCGUUCGUUGAACAAUGCCAGCUCGAUUAAUCCCAUCACGCACUUUAAGAUCUCUAAGUCAAAACAUGUCAAUCUGGACGACGGUCCUGUCUCUGGCUCUUUGUCUUGGUAUCCGUGCAUUGAAAGAAAUAACCAUAUAUCCAACGCCAAGUUGGCCUACGCCUGGAAUAACGUUCUAACGAUCUUGGAGCUCGACAACAAAAGUAUUCCUAGCAAUCUCAUGAAGGUCAUAGGCGAUUUGAAAGACAAAGACAAGGGUGUACCCAAGUUACCUAUCUACAAAACAGCGAGAUGGACGUCUCCUGAUCCAACUGACAGAAUAGUCAAUUUGGCGUGGCUCAAUUCAGAGAUUUUGACAGCAUUGGUGAAGUGCUCCGAAACCACAGAAACUAAACUUUACUUUCUUUUUUACUCCAGCGGUACGAAAACAACAUUCGUAGAGGUUGGUGUGGAUGAUUUAGACUCUCAGCAAAUCAACUGGAAUGAACUUGAGACGAAAGCAAAGGAUCAGUCGUUGGUGUUCCGCAACUACCAUAACUCCAUGCGUAUUUUCAGACAUACGCUAAUGAUCUUGGUCAAUUCACACUCCAGAUCCCAAAAGAACAUUCUCACAGGAAAGGUUUUCAAAUGGGCUGAUCGUCUCAUGGAUUUCUUGAACCAAAAGGACUACCAAGCUGCUCUUCUUACCGCCAAAGAGUACUAUAACUCUGAAAAUUUCGGCCAUUUGGUCCUCAGUGGCCUUCCUCACACUACAGAAGAGCGACACAAAGUGGUACGGCCUUUUCUCAUCCAGAUCAUGUCUGAGUCGGUGGUGCCUCUAUUUGCUAACCCAGAGGAGGGUAUGGAGGCCGAUAAAAUACUACUUACCUACAUGCAUGUGAUUUCCAUGUUAGCCAGUGAAGAUAAUGGCCAUGUUUCGUCUACUUUACUGGAUGUUCUUGAGCUGCUACAUGAAAAUUUCACCAACGAAGAGGUGUUUUUCAACACCCUUGAAAAUUUUAUUCUCACUAAGCAAAUCCGAAACCUCUCUCCUGUUCUUUUCAAGCAUUUGGUGGAGUUUUAUGUCCAUUCUGGAGAUGGAGGUAUCCUCACAGAAAUAAUUUGCAUUUUAGAUACCUACACUCUCAACAUUGAUGAGACUCUACACUUGUGUGAUUUACAUGGCCUUCGUGAAUGCAGUGUCUACAUUUGGAACCAUCUUUUGCACGAUUAUAUGACUCCAUUUGUAAUGCUCAUAGAGGACUUAUAUCUGGAUAAGUACGAUGACGCUCAGAAACUGCUUGUCUUCACCUACAUGUCUUAUAUUCUCACAGGGCGGCAGUUUCCUAGCGAUGAAUUCUUAAGUAUGAGUGAUGCAGAGGAAAGUCGGAACGUCAUUUGUGGUGUUUUGUUUAGCAUCACCCCGAUACAUUGGCCAAAGGGCUCAUCGACUAUUUUCCUCAAAGAAUCUCAAGAUACAGUGUUCCCUUACUUGUUACGGUUCCUCAAAUUCAAUACAUUCGAAAUGCUUGUGACUCUAAACGAGUUUUUUGAGCAUCCAUACUUGAACUCGGAGCUUCCAGGUGAGCUCAAUCGGCAAUACAUAAUUGAGGCACUUCUUGAUAUUUUUCAAUUCAAUAAGGACAGUUUUAGUGACUCCGACUUUGUGCAUCUCGCCAUCUUCAUUGCACGCAACUAUCCCAAAUAUUAUCAAUUCAUUCGGUUGCUGGAAACUGUUUUGCAUACCACCGUUGAACUCUUGUGUAACAACACAAUUGAGGAACUUCAUAACGACUGUGAGCUAGCCUUGCAGAGUUUGCUUCCAUUCUAUGAUGUUGAGAGCGAUGGUUUUCUUCUUGAAAAGGUCAAGGCUGCUAAAUUCUACGAUGUCCUAUUCGGUAUUUACAAGAGCGAAGGAAAGUUUGCUAAUGCAUUGGAUGUUUGGCUUCAAAAGCAAAGAGAGCUGGCAUCCAUGGACUACCAAAGAAAUUUUGCAGUUUUAGCAUCAAUCAUUGAGGCAUCGUAUACUUCCGCUUCAGAGAAUACCCUGGAAAGAUUACAACUUGUGCAAUUCAUUGGUGACCACUUCGAUGAACUCAUCUCUCGUAACACAGAUGAUAUGGUUGUGUUGGCCAAUACCUAUAAUCAAGACUUGCACUUGAUGGUCCUAAAGUGCAAUGACCCAGCAGUAGCAUUCAAGUAUCUUCAGGUACUUUUCUCGCGGUACGAUUUGCAAGACAUAGGGGCCGCAAGAAUUAACCUAGCUGUUCGUUACGUUGAGUUGCUUUGUGUAUUCGUGAGUGACGAGGUGAUGUCUAUUGUUAGUCGAUUUGCUCCAGCAUUGGUGAACUUUCCAGAGCAUGCAAAGACUUUGGAAGCUUAUUUGGAGCAAAAUGACAAUAUCAGUGCAAGCACGAUUAUUCUUCGAGUGGAUGGUCGCUAUGAUGAAGCAUUGCAGAAAUUGAUCGGAGCAAUGAAGACGGAGGUCGCGAGGCAGAACGGUGCAGCCAUCGAGAAAUAUAUUAAUGCUGCUAUACCAGUGUGUGAAGAAGCAGAUGGAGGGAACUUGUGGAAAACUUUCGUAGAGGAAUUGGUUCGGAUGACGUCCGGCUCCAAUGAAGAAGUCUGUGGAGUGUUGAACCAAGGAAUUUACCAAUGUUUCCGUAGCAUCACCAAUCAGCAAGAUUCCCACGAAAACAAGGAAGUCAAGGAGACGUUUACAAGCAUUUUCAAUGACAUACUCGAGUUGGCAACGGUUUCUAAUAUUCGAGCCAUUCUCCAAGAGAUUCUCACAUCGUAUUUCUUUGAGAGCGAAAUGCACACCAUUACCGUCAGCAAAAUAAACCAGGGAAUCUACAAGUAUAUGGAGCAGAUCAAGGUUGACCUGCUUCGUGGUUGGCUUAUCAAGAGUCAGAAUUGUACAAGCUGUGGGAAACCUAUUUGCGGGAAGAAUGUUCCUGCUGUGAAUAUGAUGGCAUGGGAGGAUCGAGAACGGAGGCGAGUGUUUGUGGUGGAGGAAAGAGAAGAAAAAUAUAAAGAAGCUCAAAUUAUUUUAUUUAAGUGUCGUCAUGGUUAUCAUACGCUGUGUUUGGCCAAUUUGGGCAGCCCAGGGAAAUGCGUGAUAUGCACCAGUGAAGAUUGA